AGAGACUCAGGCCUGUAAUCAUGUUUGAAAUGUUCCCUUUCAUAAGGCUCCCCGGCUGCAGCGGGAAGCGAGCCGGCUAGGGGCUCGCCAGCAGAAAAGCCCAUCACCUGUUGGGGCCCAGGGCUUGGGGGGCGCGUCCGGCCGCCGCCGCCCGCGCUGCCCACCAUUGCGGCGAAGACCCCGCGCCCCGGCAUGGCGGGCAUGCGGGGCGCUUAGGGGGACCCUGCGCUGGGGAAGGGAGGGUUUCCUUUCCCCUCCCCGAGACUGGCGCUGACAGUCCGGGCGCUGCGGCUUCCAAGUUGGAGAGGGGAGCUUGUGCGGUAGGCAGGGACAAUGGAGGAAAAUGAAAGCCAGAAACUUGAGCUGUGCCUGGCUUGCUCGACAGACAGCAGACAGAUGAAGGACCAAGCAAAAACCAAUUUGCAUGUCACAUCACUAGAUGAUGCAGAAUGUCUCCGAUCUAAAGUGCUCCUUUCGACCCCGAACAGUCACAAUUCUUCUAAUUCAAAGUCCACCCGCAACAUCCCUCGAAGACAUACAGUAGGUGGCCCUCGCAGUUCCAAAGAAAUACUGGGAAUGCAAACCUCAGAAAUGGACAGGAAGAGAGAGGCUUUUCUUGAGCAUCUGAAACAGAAAUAUCCCCACCAUGCUACAGCAAUAAUGGGACACCAGGAGAGACUGAGAGAUCAGGUUUUGCAGUGCAUGUUGGUCUCCCUUCAUUCAGAACUUGACAUUCAAAGGUACUUGAUGAAAAUUGAAUCCUCUCAGAGAACGAGAAGCCCAAAACCGUCCCAGAGCCCACAGCCCAAUUUGGGUGACCAGGCAGAACACCUCUCUGAAGCAUCUGCGGAUUCCUUAGAGGCCAUGUCCGAGGGCGAUUCUCCAACCCCCUUUUCAAGGGGCAGCCGCACGCGGGCAAGCCUUCCUGUAGUGCGGUCAGCAAACCAAACAAAGGAAAGAUCACUGGGUGUUUUGUAUCUUCAGUAUGGAGAUGAAACAAAGCAGCUGAGGAUGCCGAAUGAAAUCACAAGCACAGACACAAUUCGUGCCCUUUUUGUAAGUGCCUUCCCCCAGCAGCUGACGAUGAAAAUGCUGGAAUCGCCGAGUGUGGCCAUUUACAUAAAGGAUGAGAGCAGAAACAUAUACUAUGAAUUGUGUGAUGUGAGGAAUAUUCAAGACCGAUCUUUCCUUAAAGUUUACAACAAAGAUCCUGCACAUGCAUUUAAUCACACUUCCAGAGCUGUAAAUGGAGAUAUAAGGAUGCAGAGGGAAAUUGCUUAUACAGGCCGAGAUGGCCCAAGUGCUUCCCGCCCCGGAUCUGCCACACACCCUUCACAUAUGAUGCCCAGCUCUCCACCCUCCACCCCGGUGCCCCACUCCAUGCCUCCCUCUCCAUCCAGGAUUCCCUACGGUGGGGGCCGGCCCAUGGGUGUGCCAGGCAAUGCCACCAUCCCCAGGGACCGGCUCUCCAGCGUGCCAGCCUCGCGCUCGAUAUCGCCCAGCCCAAGCGCCAUUUUGGAGAGACGGGAUGUGAAGCCAGAUGAGGACUUGAGUAACAAAAACCUUGCCCUGAUCCGAAAUGAAGGUCUGUACGGUGACCCCUACUUGUUUCAUGAGGGAAGGAUGAGUGUGGCUGCACCCCACUCCGGACACCCCCUCGAUGUCCCCGAUCACAUUGUAGCCUACCAUCGCAGUGCCAUGAGGUCAUCAAGCACUUACUGCAACCCCUCUAUGCAGCCUGAAAUGCUGGAGCAGUCCUUGUACAGACAAAAGUCAAGAAAGUACCCGGAGAGCCACUUGCCCACUCUCAGCUCUAAAACGCCUCCUGCCUCACCCCACAGGGUGGCUGACAUGAGAAUGAUCGAUAUUCAUUCUCACCAUAGCGCUCACAUUGCCCCACACACCAUGCAGCCUGACAGGUCUUCCCCCAGCCGCCAGUCCUUCAAAAAGGAGCCGGGACCACCAGUGUUUGUGGAUGCGAAAGCACGGAGCGCCCUCGGCCUCCAGGGCAUGGCCGAGGUGAUGCCCUCUCCAGUUGACAAGCAGGCUUUUGGCUAUGGGUCACCUGUGAUGCCCAAGGACAAGGAGACAAGAGAGAGGAUACAAGCCAUGGAGAAACAGAUUGCCAGUUUAACUGGUCUUGUUCAGUCUGCGCUUUUUAAAGGGCCAAAUACAAGUAAUAGCAAAGAUGCUUCUAGUGAGAAGAUGAUUUUGAAAAUUGUGUCCAGCAAGAGCAGCAUUGACACUGCAGGUGCUGCUAACAUAUCUGGGGGGAAGAACGCAUUGGCAGCUGUGGAGUCAGCUGUCAUCCAUCACCCUGCUGGAGCCCCAUCAAUGCAAGUCAGCCUGCAUGGUAUGAAACGCAACGUGUCCGAUCUACGGCUGCAGCUGCAUCAGAUGAAGCAGCUACAGCUGCAGAACCAGGAGAUGCUGAGGGCAAUGGUGAAGAAAGCAGAGCUGGAAAUCAAUGGCAAAAUGAUUGAAACAGUGAAGAGGCUUGAAGAUCCUGUGCAGCGACAGCGCAACCUGGUGGAACAAGAAAGACAGAAAUACCUCAACGAGGAAGAAAAGAUUGUAAAGAAGUUAUGUGAGCUGGAGACAUUUGUUGAAGACCUGAAGAGGGACUCCACUGCUUCCAGCAAGACAGUUACACUGAAAGAUGUUGAAGAUGGAGCAUUUCUUUUGCGUCAAGUGGGAGAAGCUGUUGCCACCCUGAAAGGAGAGUUCCCGACAUUGCAGAAUAAAAUGCGUGCGAUCCUCCGGAUUGAGGUAGAAGCCGUGAGGUUCCUAAAAGAAGAACCACACAAGCUAGACAGCUUGCUGAAACGUGUGCGCAGCAUGACUGAUAUCCUUACCAUGCUCAGGAGACAUGUUACAGAAGGACUGCUGAGGGGUGUGGAUCCAUCCCAAGCUGUGCAAUACUCUGCUACGGAAAAGUCCACUGCAGAUGACACUCUGAAAAACCAGGAGGAGCUCAAGCACACCCAGGGACAUGCACAGCAAAACCUCACAGCAAUCACAUCAGAGUCCCAGGUGUCAUCAGUCAAGUCAGAAGUCGUGCCCUUCUCAACAAUGAUGGUCCAUCAUGUGCAGAGCUCGCCUGUCGUCAUCCAUCAAUCUCAGCACUCAUCAGCCCUGGUCAACCAUGGCCAGGGUUCACCCACGGCAGCCAGCCACAGCGAAGGUGUGCCAGCGGGCAACCAUCUCUCUGCCACCCCACCAGCGCCCCUGCAAGAGCCCACAACAGGAUCCCAGCCCACACAAGCCACACCAGCACCACAGGCUUCUGUCAAUGGCACCACCAUGCAAAGUCUUUUCAUUGAGGAAAUUCACAGUGCAAGUACCAGAAACCGAGCUGUAUCAAUUGAGAAAGCUGAAAAGAAAUGGGAAGAAAAAAGACAAAACCUUGAUCACUAUAAUGGAAAAGAAUUUGAAAAGCUCUUGGAAGAGGCCCAGGCUAAUAUAAUGAAGUCAAUUCCUAACCUGGAAAUGCCUCCCCAGCCAGCAGCCCUGCCUAAAGGGGAUGCAGUGGAAAAGCUAGAAGUCUCAGAAGAAGUUCCUGAUGGGGAACAGGAUAAUGACAAACUGACCAAGUCUCCACCUCCUCCACCUCCGCGACGCAGUUACCUGCCAGGUUCAGGACUAACCACAACGAGAUCAGGAGAUGUCAUCUAUGCAGCCAGAAAAGAAGCUGCUGCUGUCAAGGAAUGCAGUGAGGAUGCUGGACAAACAGGACAAUCCAAAGCCCCUAAAGAGGAUCAGGCAUUGUCUCGGAGCACAGGGCAUGCUGUAGCAUCAGCUGCAAAAGAUGAAGAGGAAGAGGAAGGAGAUAAAAUAAUGGCAGAAUUACAGGCUUUCCAGAAGUGCUCUUUUAUGGAUGUAAACUCAAACAGUCAUGCUGAACAGUCCAGAAAUGAUACACAUGUAAAAGACAUAAGGCCUGGGACUUUAAUGCAUCACAAGGAAAAGAAGGUGUAUGGGGCUACAACAGGAUCUCCCACAGAUAGUGACCAUCCUAAAGAGAAGAGGGAAGGGAAAACUGAAGAAGAAUUGGGUUCUGAUUCAUCCAGCACAGCUGACAGUAAAAUUGUCUUUCCAAUGAAUGACAGUCCUACAUUUAGCAAGGGUUUGGUUGUAGACAGUAGAGACUAUUCUAAGAAAAACCUCCUAAAUAUGAGCACAAACCUUUCCGGUGUCAGUUUGCCAGAGGAUGACGAACGAAGAGGGGCUCAAGAUAUUUUAGGAUCCCAUUUUCCAGCUGUUGACACUGGAAAACAAAAGCCAACCUAUGGACUCUCACAAGAUGCUUGCCAGGGCCUGCAGCAGGGUGAAGCCUUGCAGAGCACGGGCAAGCAUAUCCCCAUCAGCAGUGUUGCCCCUCUCAUGAGGCACACGCAGGAGGCUGCGGGGCCUCAACCUUCCUUGCAGGAGCAAGAAGCUUCUGCAGUCAACUACAAUCAGGUUGUGCUAAGAUCCAAAGCAUCCAGAAGCAACAGUAUGAGCAAUAUUGAAGAGACAGACUCUCCAGCUAGCUCUCCAAGUGAGGACAACCCUCUCACAGAAAACAUUGCCUUCAUGAUUACUAAAACAGCUGUUCAGGUCCUCUCGAGUGGAGAAGUUCACGAUAUAGUCAGCCGGAAAGGUGGAGAUGUGCAAACAGUGAACAUUGAUGCAAGGAAGGAUGUGGCGUCAGAGAAGGGUAUCCCAGAAAACACAGACAGUGAAGAGCCAGUGGUGUGUCUGGACAAAAAACCCGUCAUCAUAAUUUUUGAUGAACCGAUGGAUAUUAGGUCAGCUUAUAAACGGCUUUCUACAAUUUUUGAGGAAUGUGAUGAGGAGUUGGAGAAAAUGAUGACAGAGGAAAAGAUAGAAGAGGAAGAGGAGGAGGAAGAAAAUGAAGCACAUGAAAUCUCUGAGAGCCAGAAGGAAGAGCCACCAGCAGUUAAUGACAGAAAAGCAAUCGCAGAGUAUUCAGCAGCUCAGAGUCUCAAUGAGCAGUACAUAUUUAACCUUCAGUCUUCCUCUGACCCUGUAGAAACCACACCUCCUGCAGAGGAUGAAAGCACAAAGACAAAUUUUAACAAAUACCGUCAGAUGUAUGGGCUAAGCACAGAAGCAAACUUGGACGCUACCGAUCAGAGGCAUGAUUCGAAGAAGAAAUUUAAGUUCAAAUUCCCUAAAAAGCAGCUGGCUGCUCUGACGCAGGCAAUACGGACAGGAACCAAGACUGGGAAGAAGACCUUGCAGGUUGUGGUCUAUGAAGAAGAGGAGGAAGAUGGGACCCUGAAGCAGCACAAGGAAGCAAAGAGAUUUGAAAUCACCAGGUCUCAUCCUGAGGACAGUGACAAAAGUCCUUCUGGGAAGCAAGAGGGACCCGCUGGAGCUGCAGCGUCCCUGUCUAGGACUGACGAAAUUCGACAGAGUACAUACCGAACGCUAGACAGCCUUGAGCAGACUAUAAAGCAGCUGGAAAACACCAUCAGUGAAAUGAGUCCAAAAUCUAUCCCUGAAAGCACAUACAGCUCUGAGGGAAGCAGUGUCCCCUUCUCUGCCCAGAUAGUACCAGACACCCCACCCCGAGAGCUUGUAGUGCUGGAUGAGAGCCUUGCUGGUGUAGAGCCCCCUCCGUCAAUCCCAGCCACUUCACGUAAGGGCUCCAGCGCUGCCUCCCAAACAAGCCGGAUGCCAGUCCCCAUGGCUUCAAAAAGUAGACAAGGAGGCAUGGAGAAAGCAGGCAAACAGCACAAGCUGCAGGAUCCACGCCAAUACAGACAGGCUAAUGGAAGUGCUAAGAAAGCUGGUGGGGACUAUAAGGCUACUUCCCCUACCCUACCUGCUUCUAAGAUCCCCGCCUUUUCUCCCACUUCUGGGAAAAGCAGCUCAGCACCUGCUUCUAGCGGUGACAGCUCUAACCCUCUUAAUCCACCUACUAAAACCUCCAUUCCUUCCUCUAACCUUCUUGGUCCUCAGACAGGUCGCAUAACUUACUCUACCUCCCUCAUCCCCUCUGUCUCUAACGGCUCCUCCAAGUUCCAGAGCCCCACUUACCCAGGGAAAGGUCACCAUCUCUCGUUCUCACUACAGACUCAAAACGGCCGGCCACCCCCUCCUUCCUCCUCUACCUCCCCCCCCUCCUCUACCUCUCCCACUUCACUGAACCAAGGUAUGAAGAGCAUCAGGACAAUCCACACACCUAGCUUCACCAGCUACAAGGCACAGAACGGAAAUGCCGGCAAGUCCACCCCAUCCGCAGCCAAGGAGCCAUCCUAAAGGCUGAGCACAGCACGCGUGCAAGUUCACCAAGGCUUUUUGUUCAUUUUCAAAGAAUCCGCAGCCAAUAUUUUAACCAGGGAAUGUAACCGUUUUGCUGUAUUGCUGGAGGCUUAAUACUAAUCACGUGCUAAAUACUGAAUUACUACACUAGAUUAGAGUGAAGCUUUUUUGUAAAACUGUUGCUGUUGUAACUGAUAAAAGAGCGUUUUCUUCCUUUAGGCAGCACCUCUUACAAAAAAGUGUGAAGGUGUGUGAGUGAACUCGAGUGCGUGCGCACAGAGGUGUACCGAGCAUGGGGAAACGUAUGGUCAAAAAUUUAGUAAGUUGUUUUGUAUAAAGCUAUUUUUCAUUAUGGGGACUAGAAGUGAACAGAGAUAUACUAAAGUGUGAUUAUACACAUCUGUAAAACUGAAACUAAACUAUUUUUCUUUUAUUUUGGUGUUAUUUAGCUUUGUUACAGAUUUCUAUUUUUGUCAACAAAUGUCAUGGUUCCUUUCGAGAUCUUUUUGCCAAAACAUUUUGAUACUAUUGUAAUGUACAUUUGAAAGUAGUAUGCUGGACAGUAAACCUCUACACAAGAAACAGAACAAGACUGGUCUUAGUGUGUAUGAGGCAACUCAAUCUAUUGCACUGCCAUUCAGAUUAUAUUUAAGAAUUUGCAAAGCCAAGGAAAAAAAAAAAAAAGCUCUUUUCACAUAUAGGUAGUUGCUGACUCCUGUUUUUCUUAGCUAAAUCCACCCUUUUCCUUCAGUUUUAUUUUACUGAGACCUGGUAACCCAUUAAUGUAUUGCAUUGUGGAUUUUAAAAUGUACACUUCUGUACUGUUCUGUAUACUGGCAAACUUUUGUACAUAUCUAUAAAUAUAUAUAAAUAAAUACUGUAUGUGGCUGGGCACAUAGACUAGUUUUAUCACACCAAAGUUAAUUUUUAUGCAUGCUUAAAAAUAUACAUGGGGAAGGGUUGAAAAAAGAUGGACAUCAGUUAAAUAGGAAAAAAAACCCAAGAAGCUUGCAUAGCUCAUGGUUUUGUAAAUAAAUUUAUUUGUAUAACACCAUAAUGUAAUAUACAGAACUAUGAUAAGCAAAGAUCUUUACAAAAAUAAAGGGCUGCAUGCUUAUA